AUGGAUCCAAGUCUAUAUCAACAGCGCCAGCAACAAGACCGUGUCCUGUAUUCUCUCCCCGUUAACUCUCAAUCAGGAUCUUCUGUUGGUUACCCACAACAAUAUUUGACAUCUGCUUCAGCAAACAAUGCAGCUGCAUACGUGGGUUCAGGUAAUGGCGUUAACUCUAUCAUACAGAUCGCUGGCAAUCGCCCUAUAUAUCCGGCACCAGUAGCCUCAGUCUCUUCGCUUUCAAAUAACGGCAUGCCUCCAGCUAAACGAGUAGCUCUGGGCUCACCGUUACAAAAUGUGUACCAGAACAUCACUUCUAGUCCAAUGCAGAACCAAUUAUAUUCCCACUCGGGAAAUUUUUCUAACCAAGUACUGGCUACGGGAAGAUCGCCUGGGCAAACACCAACUAUGCUGAUGGGAAAUCCGAACGUAGAGGUGAAACCAACAGCAGGAACAGUUCCUGCUAAUCUGUACGUAUCGCUGGAAAAUGCAAACAGAUAUCAUCAAAUAGACCAAAAGCUUGCAGUUGGAAAUAUAAAUAAUAUAUUAAAUCAACCGCCAGUUCAACAGACGCCGUCACAAAAUACUCCACAACCAAACUUUGUGCAAACGGAUGACAGUGAUAUGUAUUGGUUAAAUAUUGGGGAUUUAAACGAAGAGUAUGAUUUUCCUUUCGCAGGAUCCGAUGCAGAAUACGUCAAUAAUGCGUCUGACUUUGCUUGGAACUCGCCAAUUCCGUCUAAUUUUGAUUUAAUGUCACACGAUUCAAAGCUCUAUUCAUCAAUUAGUCAAACUCAGCAGCCAUCACAGCAACAGCAGGAAACUGGUGACGAUCAGCAGCAAAAAUCUCAAGACCUUGACGAACAAAGUCAAGCAGUGCAGUCACAACAAUCAUCCCAAUCUCAUCAUCCUAUACCGCUGCAAAGUCUACAAAGCCAGCGAAACCAACAGCCUCCUCAUUUGAUAUCGUCACAGCAAUCACAGCAGCAAGAACACCAAGACCAACAGCAGACAAACGAAGAUUCGAUAUAUGGCCUUUCUUCCGUUUCAAUGAUUUCUUCGGGAUUAAACGCGCAAGAUUUAGCAUCAAAAAACAACCAGCAGUCUACCGUAUUAUUAGCCAGAUCAUCCAGUCCUACGAUACAAGCUAGCGUAGAUUCCCCAAAUGCUUUAUCUGAAGUAUUUAAUAAUCAGUCUGAUAAUCUCGAGCUAGAUUCACAAGUUCCUCUUGCUGUCAGUGAGGGGCAAACCCAGGAAUUGUCUACAUCAGACACGAACAAGGAUGAUGAAUCUCAACAAUCUGCCCAAUCCUACCAGUAUCCGCAUGCCUCAGGAUCUUCUAGCGACUUGUCGCCACCACUCCCGGGUAGUGUGAAAAACGCACCCGAUGAGUCACCCAAAGGAUCUCCGCAGCCAUCACAAGAGACGAACGAAUCACCUAUAGUUCAAUCUUCAUCGCUUUCUCCAACAAAGGAUGCACAAGCACCGGCUAAACAAACGCUUAAGAAACCGCAGAAAGUUGCCUAUAUUCCAAAGACGAGAACUGUGGAUACUUAUGGUGGAAUUGAUUUGCGAGUGUUUGAAAGACUCUCGGUGCCGUUGAACCUUCCAGCAUUGUUAGAACUUGGUGCUGUUGACAUUCACGCACUGAUAAUGUCACUCAAGAGUGAAAUGAAACUGGAAACGACCACUGCUCUUAAUACCUUAACCACGAUAACUUGUCAACGCAACCCGAUUAUUGACAUGAAGUUUUGUGGAGAACUAAUGGAUGUGUUAUUGGAUAUAAUAGUCAAGUAUGUUGACCGUGUCAGUGAUGGGACAAGAAUCAACCUCCAUAGUUCUCCAACGCCUAGGAAAUUUAAAUCUUAUCAAGCAUUGCUUCUCCAAGCGAAACAAGAACAAGAAGGAUUUUCAGAAGUAGUCUACGAGAAGAAGAAUUUGACUGAUGAAUUGUAUUCUCUGCGUGAACAAUGUUUAUGUGUGAUGAAUCUCAUACGAAAUUUUUCGUUCGCGGACAAUAAUCAGAUGUAUCUUGCGGCUCAUCCCAGAUUGCUGUACGUAUUGAUGCGGACAUUAUAUCUUGGAUUAGAUGAAGAAGGGGGGGUUUGUGAUGUUAGUUCCGAUAAAAAGUGCCGGCCAGUAGGAACAACAAGGAUGCGGAAAAGGGCUUUCGAUAUAUUGGAAUGUAGAAAGAGCGUCCUUAUCAUAUUUUCAAAUAUUGCUUCGUAUCUCUCUUUACCAUCAGUCAAUGUUAGCAGAGACAUUUUGUUAGUAAUUGCUGAUUUUCUGAGCAACGCCGAGGAAUAUUAUGUAGAAAUAGCUUUGGAAGUAUUUGCAAAAUUAUCAGUUGACUACGAGAACAGGCAACGAAUAGGGGGAUGUGACGAUGAAACGUUAUUAUUAAUAUUUAAGCCAUUGUUACAUAUGUUGCCUUGCGAAGAGAGAAUUGUUAUGACUAGGCAUCAGGACUUGGCUCAUCUGGAAACAGUAGUAAUGGCGAUGUAUAAUCUAUCAUCUCUAAGUAGAGAAGAGGUUCGAAAGAGUAUGGUUGGAACGACUGGCUUAAUCGGUAGACUAUUGAAACUGACGUUGACGUUGGCUCGUAGACAGCCUGAAUAUGAACAGAAUCCAUUCUUGGUAUUAUGUCGGCGCGCUGUGGAGACUCUGAAAAUGGUCUCUAAAGAUAAUAAGGGAGCUCUCCUUGUACAUACUGAACAAUUGCUAAAUGCGAUUCUUAAUCCCUAUAUAGAUCUAGUAAUUGUACAAGAGUUAGAGGCUGCUCUGUAUCCUGGUGAAUUAUGA